AUGUACUCCGGGCAGCUGAACAGCGGCGCUGAUAGUGCGACAAUCAACCCUGCCGCACUCAGUUCUCCAGCUUUAUCCAAUCUGCCGCUCGGCAGCGUCAAGCGGACUCGCCCGUCAGAUUCUCAAACUAUUCUGCAUUCCGGCGAUGACGCUGCCUCCCCAUCUCACACGAAAAGAAUCAAGGCAAUGAAGCCAUCCGAGGCUUCUGGACAGCCUUCGGGCGCCGGAGCUUCUCAGGCCGGACCGCCGCCUCAGACUCCUCAGACGCAGAACUCUACGUUGCCGAGCCAGACGACGCCAGCUUACAAUACGAACCCAACCGGCGCACCACCCAAGACAACACCAACUAGAUCUACAGUCAAAGCGCUGCCAACCGUGCGAGACCACACCACCGAUCAACUGAACCAGGCCGGAGAUGAGUAUCUGCCGAGAGAGAUUGACGAGUUUGGGGAGAAGAAGGUGAUGGCCAACGGCCAGCUUCUGGGAAAUCGCACGUACCGCUGCCGGACGUUUUUGGUGCCCAACAGAGGCGACAAGCUCUUCAUGCUAGCCACCGAAUGCGCGCGAGUGCUGGGCUACCGUGAUUCUUACCUCUUAUUUAACAAAAACAGGUCGUUGUUCAAGAUUAUUGCCAGCCAAGCCGAGAAGGAUGACCUUGUCCAGCAGGAGAUUCUGCCCUUCUCUUACCGUUCGAGGCAGAUUGCCAUUGUGACGGCCAGGUCCAUGUUCAGACAAUUUGGGAGCCGGGUGAUUGAAAAUGGCCGCAGGGUGAGGGAUGAUUACUGGGAAACCAAGGCCCGCAAGCAAGGGUUCACCGAGGCAGAUCCCGCUGGAGAGAAGAGACCAGGUGCCGCCAAGAUCAGAGAGGCGGCAGCCGAAGCACAAAACAGUCUCAUCAUGGGCGGACCUCACACGGAAAUCGUCUACAACAACACCCCCGGACCUUAUCCGGGUGCUGCGCCUUCGCAUCUUGUCCCAGGUAUCAUGGCAGCGCCCUCUGGCAACGUUGGCAGAAUGCCGGGAUUAGGCGUUGGAUCAGACUUGAGCGACGCACGUCCUAGGGAUUUCAGCGGCAUAAUCAAGGGCGGUCCACGGCAGGAGAUGACGGGCCCAGCGUACCAGGACCAGACCAGACCCUCGCCUCUUGCAGAAAUCCAUUCCCAAGCCCAACACGCCGCAGACUUCAACAGGUCCGUCACCCAGCAGCGGGAUAUCCGAGGCGACUAUCUUCAAGGAAUAUGGCGACGCCCGCACGAGCAACCUUCGCCGUCGAAUCUGAAUCCUACAGCAGCAGGGUCUGCUGAUACGGCUGCCGCAACCACCAGGCCCUCUAGCUCGCCACAUAGUGCGCCGGCUGGAGUGUCCCAGCAGCCAGUUGUGUCGUCUCAGAGCCCCCACAUGAUGAUGACUGCAGCGCCGUUUUCUCAGUCUAUUCAUGCCCAAAACACCAUCGCAUCUACAGGCAGUGGAGGCGUAAAUCAAGCAUCACCCGGGGGCUACAAUUACCAACCCAACCAGGCCAUGUGGUCGCAAACUGCGCAAACUCCACAUCAUAACUACGGCAGCUACACCACGCAGUCCCAGGCACCACAUGCUUCUCACUCGCCCGCCCCCCAUGUUCGCCAACCAAGCGCAAGUCAGAUUCAACCGAACAUGCCCUUUCCAGGCAUGGGAAGCAUGCCGUAUGGAGCCAGCCAGGGCAUGUAUUCGGCCGACCAGACGCCGCGACAAUAUCUGCCGCAGAGCAGCCCAGGGGGCCCGCAGGCAUCGCAGCCUUGGUCCGGGCAACAGCACUCACCUCCCCCGCAAUGGUGGGCACAACCGCAGCAUCCGCAAUAA